AUGCCAUUAGACGACGAAUCCCAGAGCGUUCACACAUUCGAGCAGCCGGUAGACAAUGUCGAGGAGAUGCCACAGGCCUUGAUUAACUUCAGGCACGCCAACCCCGAUAAAGAAACGGACAUUCUCGACAUCGAUUUGAUUGAUAAGGAUGAUAUCCAGGCGUGCGCAGAAUACGUAAGAGAGAUAUAUGAGUACCUACUUCAGUCUGAGGGUAAGUACAUGCUUGGUUCGGACUUUUUGUCGAACCAGAUAGACUUUGAUGCAGAGGACCGCACGCUACUUGUUGACUGGAUCUCUAGGUGUCACACACGCUUCAAUUUGGCCAACGAGAGCUUCUUUCAUUGCAUAGCGAUUUUUGACAGUUAUCUUUCUCGCGUGGUAGUACCCAAGGCCUCUAACAGACUUGUUGGCAUUUGCUGUCUUUUCAUUGCAGCAAAGUACGAGCAAAGCUAUAUUCCUUCACUUAGGCAUUUUGUGGAGGCGCUGACCCAGGUCGACCCGGAAUUCCUCGUCAAUUGUAAGUGCGAGGGUAACCGUUCGGGACCGUGCUACAGGUGCAGUCGCGAAGCUAUAAUAGAUACGGAAGAAUCUAUCCUGCAUACGCUGGAUUUCCAGCUGGCUAUGCCCACAAUUCUCACAUUCCUACGAAGGUAUGCCAGAAUUUCGGAAAUGAAGAAUCGAGACCGUUACAUUGCAUUUUAUAUCUCUGAACUCUCGUGUCUGACGACAAGUAUCUUCAAAUUUAAGCCUAGCGAGAUUGCGGCAGGCUGCAUUGCGAUGUCCCGUAGAUUGACUCGGAAGCCGACUUGGGACGAAACCCUCGAAAAGUAUUCUGGAUACACUGAGAGCGAUACAAAAAAGGUUAUGGCGGAGAUUUCUACGAUCAUGAAGAAAUACGCUUGUAACCCGAAGGCCAGAUACAUAAGGCGCAAAUACUCGCAAGAGGAUCGCUUCUACGGGGUGUCCUUGAUGAUUGAGACUGUGGUAACGCAGGCGCUAACUCUUAAUACAAAGGAAGCAAAGUAA